AUGAAGAACGAGGGCAUACUAAUUGAUGGCGGCGCGCAUGAGAAUGCACGGCUCAUCUUUCUAGAAAAGACAUCUAAAGAACAGGCCGCGCGCAUCACGGAAUUGCAGUCCCAGGUGUCGAGUCUGGCUGCCCAAGUUAUUGCAUUGACAGCUCUGGUCGCUGCGGGUAGCAACAGCGCGGCAGCGCAGGGUGGGCAGCAUUUGUUCACUCUUUCUGAACCAGUGGAAGGCCUCGCAGGCAAGCUCGAGAUAAAGGCGGACGAUCUUGGUGCACUCCCCUCCGAAGAUCUUGGCUUACCGGUCUUCUUUCGCACACUGCUGGACCGUGAGGAUGCUCAGGACUCCAAGGGCAUGUUUAGUGCUGGAGCCGGUAACGAAGACGUCACCUCUGUGGCUCGUGCGCCGUUACAAGGAGACAGCGCGACGGUCGCAGCGCGGCCGUGCCCUAACGCGAACUCCUUCGAGGUGGCCUUUGAGUCCGUUCUUGAUCGUGCCCUUUCCACCUAUGAGGAAGUUGAACGAGCUGCAGGGCUCAUUGCAUCGUAUCGAAGGGGCGCAAGUCAAAUUGUGAAACACGGACUGGACGAAGACAACAUAGCACCGCGGGGGCGCUCUGCUAAGCGAAUGAAGUUCGACGGCGUCGUAAUCCCAUCCCCAACAUUAUCGGGCCCUCUACGCUGGCAAGACUAUCUGCGGGAUCGCGUCAACGACGUCCCGGUGUUCCCCGUCGCCCUAGGGAGCACCGACUCGAACAUUCUCGUCUCACGCAAGUUCAUCAGCCAGAACUUCGGGGGCGGAAUGCGCCAAAUGUCGGUCUCGUUCACAGACGACAAUCGCCGCACCUUCGGACAUAGCUACACACACUGUCUCUUCCCCAAGGUCAAGCUCAACGCGAUGGUCCCGCGCACCCCGGGGGCUCCGGGUAUCAUGUUUUUGGCUAAACCUAGGCCGCGGUGGCCGGAGGGCACGCAAAAGCUGCUCGUCGGCCUCGCCGAUGCGCAGUUUCGCUACAUGGGCGAGUACAAGUUCACGAGAUCUGAGCCUCUUUCGCCUGGCGAGUUCUGUUCUUUGUACCUCAAGGUUAGUAAGGAAUGGGGCAGAAAUCUGUUCAGGAAGGACGAACCUGAGGAGCGCGCUCUCCGCGCGUGUCGGACGCUGUUCAAGCAGCUAGGCCGCCAGCCCUCGGAGAAAGAGGUUGAGGACGCGCUCGAUACGAAGGAGAAGUACACGCUCGAUCCCGAGGACGUGAGGGAGGCUUUUGAGACCGAGUUCUGGGUGCUGCAUACCUGGAAGAUGGAGUGCGUCGGUUAUGACGAAGAUUUCCAAUGCCGAAUUAUUGCGUCUCUUCCGCGGGCUCUGCAGCGGGAAGUGCCAAUGGAGGAUCCCUCUGAUGCGUCUGACGCGUCCGGCGAUGCAUGA